AUGCUCAAGGGGAGGUACCUCCCGACCGGGGGGGCGACCCUCCUCUUCGCCAUAACGACACUCCUUCUGAGCAUGUGCAACGUCAAAAUACUCAUCUUAUCGGAGGGGAGAAGCUUCAAGAGGUACUACCACCCAGCAGUUGGUUCGUCUCUCCUCAGCCCGUUGCGGCAUCCGUGUGAACGUGCGUUUGAAGGUAGACGUAGAGGUGCGGAAUUGAGAGGGGGACGCACCCCCUUGUUAAAAAUCCCAGCGGUUCAUCCUCCCAGGGGAAGGAAAGAAGUCUCCCUCAGAAACGUAAAGUGGUCCGCUCUACCAAGCGGAUCCAUUUUGCCAGACUGGAAGGAAGGCGUGAAAAAGAUUGUGAGCACGUGGGGGGUGCUCCUUCGGGCAAACAGAGAGGAGAGCGCAGAGGUGCACCCCCUGAAGAACUGCCGGUGGGAAAUCACCACCUUCAAUUUUCUUCUGCAAAAGAGGACCUCCUUCUUGCUUCAUAUACACGACAAUGGGAUGGUAAAAACGUCCGACCAUUUGCAAGGCACGUGGUUUUACAGCAACUAUCACUUGACGUGGAGCGUGGAUCUUGCGGACCGGCGUGUCUACUACACGGCGGAGCUGCUCUGGAACGGAGAGAAGAGCAAACUGGUCAAGGGCAUCAUCUAUGAGGAGAGGAAACGCCGGCGCUUCUUCCUGCCCGCGUAUUUUUUUCGGAAAAUCCUCGGCUCCUUCGAGGGGCGCGUCUCCGUGGCGUAGUUCCUCUUCGCCGCGCGUGGCUUCGUUAGCAGGGAGGGAGAAGCAAAUAGAAGCAGAGAGGGAGAGAAGGAGAGGCAAAGAGAAGCAUCGCACUCCGUGGACGCUCCGCACUCUGUGGACGCCCCUUUCGGAGUGAUCUCCCUGCGGGGCGCCCCAUGACGGAUCACCUCCGCCGCAGCAUGUGAAUCACACCCUGCACGAUCCUUCGGAUAAUGUGCACAACCAAGUUGACGAGGAUCCUUCUCGUGGCGAUGGAGAGGAUCCCAUAUGCAUAACGCACCGCUUGUUUCGCCAGUUUGUUUCCUCUUCCCAUUUUUACAUUCUCAAUGAAUUCACUUCGACUGGAAGGAGGGUCCACCUGGUUAAAGUUAUUUCUGUAG